GGUAAACAAGUGAGCUCUGUGCUUUGGGUCAGGGCCGGGCUAAACGAGCGGAAAAGUGAAAGUAAAAUUCUGCGUGUUCACACAGGAGGAACUCCAACAGAAACGCACACGCAUUAAAAAGGGGCUUUCGCACUGUGGGGCUUUACAAGACAUAUAGUCAGAGUAGGAAGAUUGAUUUUAUUUUCUAAUCCCACGGCAGACGAAUAGGACCUCUGGACUGAAAUCCGAGCUGUUGCGCUGCACAUUAUUAUAAAAGAGGUUUGGAAAAGUUUGGAGACCUUUGUGCUUGAGAUUGAUUUGGAUUUCACUUGAGUGCAGGGACUACAACUUCAAGAGAAACAUGGUUCGAUUUGAAGCUUGGCUCUUUAAUCUGUUUCUGGGUCUGAUGUGGGCAUUACCAUUCUGGAUGAGUCCUGUAAAAUCUAAUUUAUGCACACCUCUGAAAACCCUGAAAGAUCAGCUCAAUGCAACAUUAAGGAGACGAUUUUUGAAAUAUAACUUUCCUAUUAACUACACCAUUCAAGUGCGUUAUGAAGAGGUCUUCAGACUGAGAAAUAUCAGUCGGCUGAAUGACACUGUAGAUGUGAGGGAUCUCCAGGAUGUGUGGGUCAAGGUCACUAAGACAGGAAUAAAGAAGAUUUUGGCUGUGCUGCCAGAGAAACACCCAACACACCAUAAAUACCUGAAAAACCUUGAUGAACUUUUUUCAAGCUUCUUGGACAGCUAUCAAAUGCAGAAAUCUGAGGAGAGAGAUAUUCCAGAUGUCAUUGAUGACAUUUUUGUACGCUUGGAUGACCCAUACUACCAGGGCUGGAGAUCUGUCACACCUAAAUCAUUGCUCGACAACUGUUAUCGGACCAUGCACUGCCUAUUCAAGGACUGCUUCUUAAUCAACGGCGAUGAAGACUACUGCACAUCUCAGCACUGGAGAAAAGGAAAGGGAACACAGGGAUGAUAGAAAGUUCCCAAAUUGAGGAUUUUCUACUGAGAAAUGCGCAAAGGCCACAGGCAUGCAGUGUGUUUAUUAGUGCUCACAAAGCUCCUGCUCACCAGAAUACAAGCCAUCCAUUCUUACAUUCAUUCAUCCAUACAUCAGUUCUUCAUAGAUAGAUAGAUAGAUAGCAUAAUUAUCUCUAAUUUGAAACUAUAGCUAACUCAACUACAUGCCUCCUGGAUUCACACUGCCAGCAAGGAAUUUAAUGGUGUGCUUAAUCAUGUUCUUGAUCCCGUGUGCCAAAAUAGCAUUGAGUGUAUGUGUGUGUGUGUGUGUCUGUAUGUCUGUAUGUGUGUGUGUGUAUAUAUAUAUAUUACAUGCAGAUAUUUAGCUGACUGCUGGCUUAGUCAGCAAAGUCUUGUUUCCUUUGCUUUGCGCUUUGAUAAGCUGUGUUCUCAUAAAUAUUAAUUAAUUUUUUUUAUUGAUGUUCAUUGUUUUUUAUGCAUUUUAUGUGUUAUUUAUUUAGGGACUUCUACAGAAUGUUCUAGUAACUAUGUUGGAGAAAAUAAAAAUAAACGUUCCUCUGGCUCCA